UCUGUCAAAAAAGUGUCAUAGCAAUCAACUCAUGUGUGUGUUAAGACAAUUAAAGUGCUCGUGAAAAACAAAUAUUGCUACUGAUACCAAAGAAAGUCUUUUUUAUCUCACACUACACAUCCAAUAAAUCAUUCAAAAUUCAUCUAUCAGUUGAUAUCAGCAUGAGUGAUACCGAUCCAGGUGAUACAAGCGUUGGCCAGCCGGUGGUGGUUCCACCCAGAGAAUCAUUGAUCAACACAGCAGUACAAUUCCUUCAGAACAAUAAUGUGCAACGCAAUCCGCUUAGCCAAAAACAAAAGUUUCUACGUAGCAAAGGUUUGACCGAAAAUGAAAUACAAAUCGCCUGUGAACGAGCGGGCGUUUUUAGUCAUGAUCCGAAUAGUACGGUCAUCAACAUGGGAAUUAGUACCCCAACAACUCAAUAUGUGGUGCAGCAACCAAUGACCACAUUGCAGAGGAUUCGAGAAAUUUUGAGCUCGACUGCAUUGAUAGCCGGAUUCACCUAUGCCAUUUAUUUGUUUUAUAAGAACUACAUCGAACCAAUGCUAUUUGGACGGCGUAGAAAGAAGAAAACUUUAGACGAAUCGAUUGAAGAAUUGAACAAGAACGUCGAAACGAACAUAAAAGAACUCAACCAAGAGCUAGUCAAAGUUAAAGAGGAAAUUGCGAAGGCAUCCCGAAGUGACAGCAUUUACCGUGAAAUAAGUAACUUUAAGUCGGACAUUGAUGCCAUCAAAGGUCUUCUAUUGAAUCGCAAACAGUUUUCUAGUCCAGUCGUUCCGCCAUCGAUUCCCGUUUGGCAAUUACAGUCUCAACAUUUACCCGUUGAUAAUGAACACGAUAAAAAUGACGAUGCCGGUUCUGGAUCUGGUUCCAGUGAAACGGAAGUGGUUACCAAAAAUAGUGACAGUAGUUUGGAAAUGAUAUCUUCUAUGAUGGACGAAGACAAGCACAAUUAAUUUGGGGUGAUUUGAAUUCUUUUUUGUGGUUUCAAUGUCCAGAAGCUAUAGUUCAAUGGGGUGACGAGCGGCAGGCUUUAGAUGUUUUAAAAUGUGUUUUCUUUUUUUUUGUAAAUACUAUACUUGGUGAUUGAUGAAUAAUGACCGCAUUUU